AGUUCUGGGCUAUAUUGCAUUUUCCUGUCCAAUGAUGCAAAACAAAAAUUAAUACAAAUAUUUUAUACUAAUACAAUUGCUCAGAGAAAUACAUUUUGUUUAAUAAGUGAUAUUUUUUUCCCCUUCAGAUGUUUUCAAUACCUCACCUAUUGAGUAUAAUGGCACUGAGCCUUUUUUUCUAAAAUGUAUCAGAUUGGAGAACACGGUGGGAGGGAUCAUAGACCGUUGAUAUCCUUCAUCUGCGCUUAGGGACGGCCCUCUUCAAGUUCCGGAGAAUGAGAUGGCUAUUGCAAAAUGUUUAUUUUAUUUUGUGGUUGAUUAACAUUUCUUUGUGUGUUUUGAUGUGUGCUUGGGGUUAUUGUCUUGCUGGAAGUUUCACUAUCUUUUUGAGAAAAAAAAUAUUUGUUUUACAAAAUGUCUUUAUUUUUCUUCAAUUGUAUUAGUAUAAAGUAAUACAAUUUCCCAAUUUUUUUGGAACAAUCUAGCCCAGUAUUUGUAUUAUUUAUUUGAUAGUCUUCUUUGCUGAUCUUUAUAAAUGGUGUCAUUAAUGUUGGACCUGACUACUUGGCUGUUAACAGCAAUUUGAACCCUGAAGCGCAAGAAUUUGUACCAGGAUUGAAGCACUGAGACUAGUCUUCUGAUGAACAAGUUAUCUGUCCACACUGAAGCCAGCGUAGGAAGAUCUGUUUGAGUUUUGUUAAUCUGUUGCACUUAAUGUGUUGCCAAAGUUUUCCAGCUAGCCCUGCAUGGUUAACGUUUUGAAUAAUGUUGUGUAUAUAAAUCAUAUGUUUUUUUGUAACUCUUCUGAAUGUUAAAACAGGGUAGGAGCCAGAAGACCUUUUAUUUCCUUUUUGAAUAUUAUAGGCCUAUGUUAUGUAAGUAGUUCUAACAUACCUCCCCCAUCAAAUAAUAAUUUUCUGUUCAAUCAAAAUUAUUGGUUCAUUUAAAAAUCAGAAGACAUUUUUCAUUAGAUCUUGGUUUGCAUUAUGAAUUCCUUUUAUUGAAAUGCAGAUUGUAAAUAGUCCGGGUGGCCAUUUGAUUAAUUGUUCAGCAGUCUUAUGGCUUGUGGGUAGAAGCUGUUAAAGGAGCCUUUUAUUUUCAUUGCUCCUCUACUUCCUGCCAUUAUCGUUCAGAGCCUGGUGCUUGAUAUCCUACUGCCAUGUAGAUGUUGACUUUAGAUUUUUUUUAAAUGCACAUAAAAAGUAAAACUACUGUAUAAAAAUGUACCAAAAGUAUUGCACAAACAUACAAAAAAACAUAUAUAUUUUUUUCUUAAAGUAUUUGAAAAUAAAUAUUGAUGGAUGGACUAUAUAUUUGUGAUUUCACAAAAAAAUAAACAUGGCUCCCUCAUAAAUGUAUACUCUUGAAUACCCUGUUUUCAUAUAGUAAACAAACCGCAAUCGACUUUUACUUUGUACAAAAUUAUUGUAGUUUACCUUUCACUUCCGGUUCCGGUUUAGACGCCAGUGAAGCGCGCUAGCUCCUUCGCUACAGGUUACGAGAUUUGAUACGUUUACGUUCCAGCAUGUCUCACAACUACUCCUACAGAGGACCAACACCAGCUACAGAUCUAAGAGCCAGCGCUUUUGACUCUCCAGAUCACCUGCACCCUGGAGACCACGGUCACAAUGUUUACAGAUCGUCCCAGGAGCCACCGUCUCAUUCCACAAUACCAUCCUACCCAUCCUCCUCAUCCAGAGCCUCCGCUGCCAACGAGUCCCCUUACUCCUUCUCACUACGCCAGUCAGACCCUUACUCUUCCUCUCUAAGUCGGUCAGACCAAAUUCUGACCCUCCUGAGCAGCUGUGGGCUCGAGCCCAAAGACUUGUCUCUACUAGCCGAGAUGCCUGAGGAGCUCAUCACUGUGGAGAACCUACCACGUCUGCUCCUGGAGAUCAGAAAGAAGAGGGCGACACAGCAGCCACCAUAUCUAGCUAUGAUCUCUUACCCCCCUGCUGCCACAUCUCGGCCCCCCACUGCUACCCCUCCUCCAGGCCGUGCGUGGGAGCAGGGUGACCAGAGUCGUUCUCAGCCAUUAGACUACCCAUUGGACCCCCACCACGCUCUUCCCCCUUCCCAACUCCUUCCCACAGAACAGGCUGAGCCCUGGCAACUAGAUCGUCAUGGCAACCCAAUGCAGUACACACGCUCUCGCCUAGAACCUGUGCCUGUCCGAGUUGUGGACUACCAUUAUGGUAAAGAAACUCCCAGAAGUUACCAAACUCCUAGGUCCACUUACAGCACGGCCCAAGGAGGAAGCAGCAACAGCUGGAAACCCCCCAACUCAUCCCAACCAGCAGUAGAUUACAGGUACCCACCACCACCAGCUACAAACUACAGACCACGCCCAGACCAAGAUGUCCCAGUUGUCACAAUCAAGAUGGCCACCUCUGGCAACACUCCCACCAAGAAGGCUGCUCUUGACUUCCACGGAGAAAUCCCCCAAACGUUUCCUUAUUCGUGCUGUCUCUGCGAUAUUACUGUGCUCUCUGAAAAGUUCUGGUUCACACACAUCAAUGGAACUCAACAUGCAGACGGACAGCUCACACUUCUUCAAAUGUAUCCUGAAUGGGAUUGCCAGAUGCAGACCGCCAGAAGUGGUGACGACCACACAGACAGACCAAGGGUUGAAGAGAAGACUGGUGGACCUUCCCAUAGGUCUAUUAACUACUUAGGUAAACCGUCAAGUAGCUGCUCUAGAAAAAACGUAGACACUAAGACAAAGGUUACAAAGGGGAGUGGCAAAGUGGUUUGUGCCAAAUUUACCGCCCGGUGUCUCAACGAAGAUGGUUUGAAGGACCUGAUUAAACCGUUUGGUGAAGUUGUGAAAGUCAUCAUGUUCCCUGCUUUGGCGUUUGUGGAGUUGGAGUCAACGGACCAGGCCGCCGAUAUUGUGACAUACUACCUCAGUAACCCAGUGAUGGUGAAAGGAGGACAAGUCACCUUCUCUGUCUCGUCAACAUUUAAUUUCCUGCAGAGUUCCCGGGUGUUGAGUUUUUCCCCUGUGCCUCCUGGUAAAGAGUCUGCCGCGUGGAAAAGAGAGUUACUGGCCGUAGCGGAAGGAUUUGGACCUGUGGCGCACUCUCUAUUCUUACCUACGCAGGCAUUUGUGGAAAUGACGAAUGCACUGGAUGCACAGAAGCUUGUUGGACACCAUACGUCCAAACACCUGAAAAUAGAUGAGAUACAUAUUAAAGUGGCCUUCUCAUCAGAGUAUGAUACACUUCGGACCAUGUCUGAGAGGAAGUCUUCAGACAGGAAGUCUCCAGACAGGAGCAGGAAGUCUGAAGACAGAUCUAAGAGGAAGAGAACCCCAAGCCCCAGAAGGCGGUCCCUCAGCCCCAGGAGAGAUUCACCAACCUCCUCAAAAAGGAGGAGGAGUAGAGAGAGGGAUAGCGACCGUCACAAAGAACGAGUGAAAUCAAACAGUGGGGGUAAAAGCAGGCCAAAGUCCCCCAGAAAACAGAGCUCCAGUCGGCCCUCCAGAAGCCCUCGCAGGCCAAGGUCCCCCAGCAAACAGAGCUCCAGUCGGUCCUCCAGAAGCCCUCGCAGGCCAAGGUCCCCCAGCAAACAGAGCUCCAGUCGGUCCUCCAGAAGCCCUCGCAGGCCAAGGUCCCCCAGCAAACAGAGCUCCAGUCGGUCCUCCAGAAGCCCUCGCAGGCCAAGGUCCCCCAGCAAACAGAGCUCCAGUCGGUCCUCCAGAAGCCCUCGCAGGCCAAGGUCCCCCAGCAAACAGAGCUCCAGUCAGUCCUCCAGAAGCCCUCACUCCCAUAGUAAAGAGCGGGUGUCCAGUGAGAAGGUAUCCCCCAUUUCCACAUCCACUCGCUCACAACCUCCCAUCAAGAAUAAGGCCACAUCCCAGUCCUCCACUGUGAUGGAGAAGUCCAAAAAGGCUGUCGACACGAUUGACCAGAGCAAGCAAGAAACUGAGACCCAGGACAGCCAGGAGGAUGGAGCCAUGGAGGCCUGUGAAAUGGACAGUGACAUCGAGGGGAUGGCCGUGUAUGGGGAGGAUGGGGAGGAGAACUCUGACAUGGGAGAGGAGGGAGAGGUAGAGGAGGAAGAGGAACCGCAGGAGAGUGCUGAGGACUUGAUCCAGGAGUUUAAAGAACUAUGUGAGCCCAGGCAGAAAGCAACCUCUGGGACUGUAGAUGAUGCUCCUACAGAAGAGCUAUCAGCUACCGGGUCAGAACAGGGGAAAGAGCUCUCAGUUACUGGGUCAGAACAGAGGAAAGAGCUCUCAGUUACAGGGUCAGAACAGGGGAAAGAGCUCUCAGCUACCGGGUCAGAACAGGGGAAAGAGCUCUCAGCUACCGGGUCAGAACAGGGGAAAGAGCUCUCAGUUACCGGGUCAGAACAGGGGAAAGAGCUCUCAGCUACCGGGUCAGAACAGGGGAAAGAGCUCUCAGCUACCGGGUCAGAACAGGGGAAAGAGCUCUCAGCUACCGGGUCAGAACAGGGGAAAGAGCUCUCAGCUACCGGGUCAGAACAGGGGAAAGAGCUCUCAGCUACCGGGUCAGAACAGGGGAAAGAGCUCUCAGCUACCGGGUCAGAACAGGGGAAAGAGAUAGAUGUUGAAGACCAGAAAGGAGAUACUUCAUACAUUGAUGAUGAGCCUGAUUUCCCAGAGGACCUUGAGAAUCUUAUUACAUUGGAUGAGCUGGAGGAGGAUUCCUCAGGUGAUAACCAAGAUAACCAGUCAACAGAUGAGAUCAAGAGCAGAUCCAAGAGCAAGCCCUCAGGACGUGAUCAGACACCUGGUAGAGUGAUCUACGUCAAAAACCUUCCCAGAAGCUUCUAUACGGAUAGUGACUUCCUGAAGAUUGUUAAAGGCUUUGGGAGAGUGCACCGCUAUUUGCUCCUUCGCAACGGUGAAGAGGGCUUCAUUGAGAUGGAGAGGUCUUCUGAUGCGACAAAGGCUUUAAGAGAGCUGCGUUAUAAUGGUUGUAAAUUAUACGGCCAGAAGUUGAUCAUCCUGCGGUCUCAGAAAUACAAAAGACUAACAACAGGGUGGAAGCCUGAAUCUGAUUCUAAAAGUGAUCGUAAGAAAGAUCACUUGAGUACUAGAAGCCGUAGCAGGAUAAGGAGUGGACGGACCAGCAGUCACUCAAAGUCAGUGGCUAAGGACGACAAGACAACAGAGAAGGACGGCAAGACAACAGAGAAGGACGACAAGACAACAGAGAAGGACGACAAGACAACAGAGAAGGACGACAAGACAACAGAGAAGGACGACAAGACAACAGAGAAGGGCGAGGAGACAACGGAGAAGGGCGAGGAGACAAUGGAGAAGGGCGAGGAGACAAUGGAGAAGGACGAGGAGACAAUGGAGAAGGGCGAGGAGACAAUGGAGAAGGGCGAGGAGACAAUGGAGAAGAACGAGGAGACAAUGGAGAAGAACGAGGAGACAAUGGAGAAGGACGAGGAGACAAUGGAGAAGGACGAGGAGACAAAAGAGAAGACAUUACGACAAGUACGCUCCAAGCCAGCCCAACACUGUGACAAGGAGGACAUAGGAGCGUCUGAAGGGAAUAUUGACAAAUCCUCCAACGGUGAAAACCAAAAGGAUGCCCCUGUCUCUGCUGCUGAGAAAGAGAAGCUGGCCUGUAGCAACGAGGAUAAUGCAGAAACCAAGAUGGAGGAUAAUGUGGAAACGGGACCAGAUUCCAUGAAGACUGGUAUGGAGUCAUCGUUCCAGGCCAACAACCCAGUAGGAAGAGAAUUCAUUAAACCUGUCAUGGGCUACUUCUGCGACCUGUGUCAAGUCAUCUAUGUCAAUGAGGACGAAGCAAAGAACCAACACUGCAGCAGCCUCUGUCACUAUCUGAAGGUUAUGGUAAAGCACCAGAAUCCUGUUAAAUCUCAUCACAAUUAUCUCACUUGAGUUUUCUUUGUUUCUAUACUUAUGGUAAAGAAGCAAUGGUUGGCCGUUCUUUUAUAGUCCCUAUUACCAAAUAAUGUAAGUCACAGGUGUGUAGGUUUGAAAAAGGAGGAUCGUGGAGGGGAUAGGUCGCGGAUAUCAAUUCUUUACAUUAUUCAACCAACAUUUCUGUGCAGUUAUUUGCUGUGUACAUUACAUGUUUACCUGGACGAUUACUGAGCUGUAUGAUUUGUGUUGUCUCACAGGAACAUUCAGGUAAAGACACAGCCUCUAGCUAAAGAGAUGUCCCAUCUCUGGAGGAAGUUGACAAGAUGACAGUUUUAGGCCCAAUUUGACAGGAAGUGUACAAGUGCACACUUCCGGAGGAGUGUGGAGAAUCUGGAUUUUUCUUUAUAUUGCACUCAAGAAGAACGGCACGGGUUUACCUAAUCCACGAGAGGCUCUCUGUGAAACUCAUCCUAGAACAAUAAAUGAGAUUGCAGAUUACGUUAAUCUGUAUUGGUUUAUAUGAACAAAUGUUCAGCACCUACCUACAUAUAUUGUUAUGUUUGUGUUAAAAUAUCUCAGAUCUACUUUCUGUAACGUGAAUUGUUUGUUCGGUUUUCCCAUGUUGUUUGAAUUUGAACUGCAUUUUAAACGAUUGUUAAUAAAUGUGUUUAAUUAUUG